CUGGGAAGACUGGUGCGAGUGAAGCUAGGAUGGAAGGAGGGAGGAAAUGCUGUUUCUUUUCCGUGGUAAUUUUCACGUUAUUUUUCCUUACACAUGGACAGUUUUUGCAGCGCGGUGAAGCUGCAAACUCUAAAUUUCUUCCAGUAGUUAUCAACACGUGGGGACCUCCUUUUACAAAUGCGACCGCUGAAGCUUGGCAUGUUAUAUCAAGUGGGAAAGGAAGUGCAUUGGAUGCUAUAGAAUCUGGUUGUUCAGUGUGUGAAACAGAGCAAUGUGACGGCACUGUAGGAUAUGGUGGAAGUCCUAAUGAAGAUGGAGAAACAACGCUGGAUGCAAUGAUCAUGGAUGGUGUUACCCAUGACGUUGGGGCUGUUGGCUGCCUGAAGAGGGUGAAAAGUGCUAUUUCAGUAGCACGAAGUGUUAUGGAACACACAUCUGAAACAUUCUUAGUAGGAGAUGAUGCUACCCGCUUUGCACUCCAGAUGGGAUUUUCAAAUGAAGACUUGCACACGAACCACUCAAGGCAGAUGUGGAAAGAGUGGAAAAAUAACAAUUGUCAACCAAACUUUUGGAAGGACGUGGUUCCUGAUUCGCAGAAAUCAUGUGGUCCAUACAAACCCAAACAUGGGAUGGGGAAACAGAGAACUUCAAGACGUAAAUCACAUAGAAACAUCGGCAGACAAAAUCAUGAUACUAUUGGAAUGGUUAUAGUUGAUGCUGCUGGAAACAUUGCUGCAGGAACAACUACAAAUGGAGCAAACCACAAAAUUCCUGGCCGUGUUGGAGACUCGCCUAUCGCUGGGGCAGGAGCAUAUGUUGAUAAUGACGUUGGCGGUGCUGCUGCUACUGGGGAUGGUGACGUCAUGAUGCGUUUUCUUCCGAGUUUUCAGGCAGUUGAAUUUUUGCGUCAAGGCAAGAGUCCUUCAGAAGCUGCAUCACUGGCUCUGGGAAAAAUAGCAAAAUAUUACCCAAAAUACAGUGGAGGCUUGGUAGUAGUGAACAAGGAUGGGGAGUUUGGGGCCGCUGCACAUGGCUGGACAUUCUUCAAGUACUCUGUUUGCAAUCCAGACUUGGGAAAAGUAACAGUUUUUUCCGUCAAACCUAUCAACAUUUCAGCUUUCACUUAAUGCGCCUUUGUUCUCCGUUUCCCUGUAAUUUGUUAUUUACGUCUGAGCGUGUGUUUGUUUGUGAUGCAAGAGCUUAUUUUUAUUAGAUAUAGCAAAAUACGAAACUGAUAUAAAGGGAAUUCCCUAAACCGUAGAUAGUUUUGUCUACCAGUAGUAAUCAAAGAUUAUGAGCGCGUUCGACGCCGUGGCUUUAACAUAUACCUUAAAUGAUUUCACUUAUUGACUUUCAACCUCUGUUUUUUGUUAAAAUCAACAUUUAGAUAUAUCAUAGUGUCAAAGUCCAUGCUAAUUAAGAACUACAAAUUGGUAAUACGUUGCGUAACGGCGCCAGUUUCCGUAGACUCACAAAAAUAUUUACAUUAUUUCGUGCUAAAUAUUUUCACAUAAACUGGUAAUGUUUAAGCGUAAUAGGUAAUUCGUAAAAUUAUAUAUUUUUUACGUACAUUCUUCUAAGCUGGAAGGACAAACAUGAGCAAACAUUUGCAA